GAGAAGAGGACAAAGAUACUCAGAGAGAAAAAGUAAAGGACUGAAGAAGGAGACUGGAGAGACCAGGAUCUGACCAGCUGAACAGAGUCAGACGCAAAGCAGACUAGCCAGCCGGCUGCAAUUGGAGUCAGAGUCCCAAAGACAUGGGUUUGUUAGAGUGCUGUGCAAGAUGUCUGGUAGGGGCCCCCUUUGCUUCCCUGGUGGCCACUGGAUUGUGUUUCUUUGGAGUGGCACUGUUCUGUGGUUGUGGACAUGAAGCACUCACUGGCACAGAAAAACUAAUUGAGACCUAUUUCUCCAAAAACUACCAGGACUAUGAAUAUCUCAUCAAUGUGAUCCAUGCUUUCCAGUAUGUCAUCUAUGGAACUGCCUCUUUCUUCUUCCUUUAUGGGGCCCUCCUGCUGGCUGAGGGCUUCUACACCACCGGUGCAGUCAGGCAGAUCUUUGGCGACUACAAGACCACCAUCUGCGGCAAGGGCCUGAGCGCAACGGUAACAGGGGGCCAGAAGGGGAGGGGUUCCAGAGGCCAACAUCAAGCUCAUUCUUUGGAGCGGGUGUGUCAUUGUUUGGGAAAAUGGCUAGGACAUCCCGACAAGUUCGUGGGCAUCACCUAUGCCCUGACCAUUGUGUGGCUCCUGGUGUUUGCCUGUUCUGCUGUGCCUGUGUACAUUUACUUCAAUACGUGGACUACCUGCCAAUCUAUUGCCUUCCCCAGCAAGACCUCUGCCAGUAUAGGCAGUCUCUGCGCUGAUGCCAGAAUGUAUGGUGUUCUUCCGUGGAAUGCUUUCCCUGGCAAGGUUUGCGGCUCCAACCUCCUGUCGAUCUGCAAAACAGCUGAGUUCCAAAUGACCUUCCACCUGUUUAUUGCUGCGUUUGUGGGGGCUGCGGCCACACUGGUUUCCCUGCUCACCUUUAUGAUCGCUGCCACUUACAACUUCGCCGUUCUUAAACUCAUGGGCCGAGGCACCAAGUUCUGAUCUCCAGUAGAAAUCCCCCUUUUCCCUAAUAGCGAGGCUCUAACCGUAUAGCCUACAACACUGCGUCUCCCGUCUUAACUCUGCCUUUGCUGCUGACUGGUCCUCUUCUUACUUGAUGAGUGUAACAGGAUAGGAGAGUCUUGCAGUGAUUAAUUCCUCUGUGUGGACUCUCCCUCUUAUGUACCUCUUUUAGUCAUUUUGCUUCACAGCUGGUUCCUGUGAGAAAUGGGAAAUGUGUGAGGUGACUCCCCAACUGCAAGUUACAAAGAAAUGGAAGCUCUAAUUCAAUUUCUAAGCAUCUCCUGAGGACUUAGAAGUACUUCCUUCUCAAAGGCCUCUUCCACGGAUGGAAACAAAAUGGAAAGAAAGAUGUUCAGGUAGAGAGAAGGAAUGUCUUUGGUCCCUUGCCAUCUAGAGGGGCCAAAUAUAUUCUCCUUGGCGUACAAAACAGAGAACUCAUUCCUGUCUCCCUAUUAGCACUACAGAUAGAAGGGAAAAUACCAUCAAAAUAAUAAGAACAUUUGCCCAAAUCUGCCUAUGCAGCUGGGGGAAGGGAGGUCAAAGCAAGGAUCUUUCACCCUCAGAAAGAGAGCUCUGACCCCAGUGGUGAUGGACUAUUUAAGCCCUAACUCAGCCAAUCUUACUUAUUGUAUAAGGAAGCAUUAGUGUCUGUGUAGACUAAGGGGGCAUCUGGCCUUAUACCUAGUUAGGAAGAGAAACAGGGUGUUGUCAGCAUCUUUUCACUCCCUUCUACUUAAUAACUGCUACCAUGGCAACCCUGUGGUUUCCAAGGAGCUGAGAAUAGAAGGAAACUAGCUUACUCAGAAAAAAAGAAGACAGGCCUAAAGAGCAACAGUUACUGGCGGCUAGUGGCGUAGCUCAGGAUGGCCCUCUGGUAGACACAGGAUAGAUAACUCUUUGGAUAGCACGUCUUUUCUUCUGUUCAAUUAUUGUGUGCUCUGGCCUCUGUCAUAUCUUCACAAUGGUGCUCUUUUCAUAGGGUUUUACCCGUUCAGUCAUAGUAAGUGAUUUGAAGAUCUUGACUUGUUUCAGAACGAUGCACAUUUCACAUUUUACAAUUUGCUUAUCACUUGUUUGGGGUUGUAUCAGAAAGGUCUGGAGAAUGAGUCUUUGAUUAUAUUUCUUCUUUUAAAAAAGGACAGCUGAACAGUCAACAUCAGAAAUGAUAUUUAAAAUUGGCUAGUAAAAAAUAAAAUAAAAUAGGCUAGUUCCGUGAAACUAUUGGAAUUUUCUACAAGUAUUCUGCCCUUUGUAGAAACAGAUUCGGUGAAUUUGAUCCUUAAUUUGAAUAACCUGUUUGAUCAUUUUUUCCAGCUAAUCAGAGAUUAUUUUGCUUAGUGAUGUUAUCUUGGCAUGUUAAGAGUUUGAUUUACCAUAGAGGUUAUUUUUUCCUGGCGUAGAUUGCAUAACGGAAUGCACCAGCUGUCAGCUAUUCAGUUGGCAAACUUCCAUGAAAAAGGACAGAAGAGUUUGAAACCUGAACAGCUUCUGGAUUUCAGUCUUUUUCUGUUUUUGUUAACUUUGGGUUAAACAAAUAUAUAUAUCACACUGAUUCUUACUGAAGGCAAGAAUUUUAUAGCAGUUCUUUGGUUUUAAAGAAUUAUGUUUUCUUUUCCCCUAAAGCGGUUUAGGUUUUAGCAAUGUUUAGGAGACGUAGUAUCUUUACAAAAAGAAGCUUGAUAUUUAUUUUUAGACCAGAAUACAAGAUGAGCUUCCAGGCUACAUAAAGGGAGGAGAGGAAAAAGGCUCUAUAAGAAACCAAUCAAGAUCAAGGAAAGUGAAGUAAUACAUAUUUUGUGUUUUGUUUUGAUUUAAUAACAUAACAAAUAACCAACCCUUUUCUGAAAACCUCACAUGAAUACAUAUACACAUGUACACACACAAAGAAAUUUAAUCAACUGAAAGUGUUUCCUUUAUUUCCGAUAUAGAAUUUCAAUUUUAACACACAUAAAGAAUAAACUUUUAGAAACUUA